CCCUUGGCCUUCACUGUCUCUGGGGUGCAAAAAAGACAUUCGAGCUCUUUUUACUUUGCCACCACAGCUCUUUCUCGCCGAAAUGAGUGUUACGGCAUUGCAGCUGCAGCAGUGACUUUGCCCUUUACCCACCAAAAUAAGCAUCAGUCAGUGCCAUGGAAAACAUGAGGAAGGAUCAAGAACAUGACACAAAUGUGCUCUUGAAUGAAUAUGAGCAUGAACAGACAAAGGAAGACCAGAGCCAGCCCAAUGUUGCACUUGCUACAAAGACUGAAAGCCCUUUGCAGGAUAAUGCACAAUCCCUAAAUCAGCAGCACUCACCAGUUCUACAAUGGCCAUACACAGCUCAACAAGCUGUGGAGCAGUCCCCAUUAGUUUCUAAACCCUGUCCUCCCACUCAAUCGUCCUCACCUAUCAUCCAGAACCAAUGGCAGCAAUUACUAAAUCUUCAACAGAAUCCUACUAGCCACCAGGCCCACCAUGGACAGCCAAUGCAUUUUGUUCAACCAACAUCGCCCUUUUGGCUGCCCCAGCAUCCUGCUUACGUGUUGCCUGGAGUGAAUGCACCCUGUACAUUUUCGCCACUCACUCCCCUUGGAACACCUGACGUGAGCUGGCAAGCUCCUGGUGCUUUAGAAGGAGGAACUCCAUCUACAAACCAACCCCAUAUUCCCAAUUGCUGUUAUCAAGUUGGAUACACAUAUCAAGGCUUUCCAGGUCCUUGGGAUCACUCUUCUUGGUGGGGUCAAGGGCAACAAUCCCAGCCUCCUUGCACUUACAGUUUCCCGGGAGCAUGUGGCUUUUUUCCUUUGCCACCUCCACAAUUGUCUAAUCAUGCAGCAUCCCUUGGACAACCCUUCCAGAGAGGAUUCAUCAGGCUUCCAACAAACCUUUCCCAGAAGCAUCAGCAACUCUGGGAUUCUCAAUCAGCCGAGAAUGUUCAGCUAUGGAAUGCAAUUAAUCUUUUGCAAUCCGAAAUAGCUGAUUACAAGAAUCGGUUAAUGAAGCUUGAAGUGGCAGUCUCAUCUCAGAAACCAACAGUGGAAGAGCCUACUGCUCAAGUUACUGGGAGUGGUUCAGCUCAACAACCAUUAAAGAGAGGAAGACCGAAGAGAAAAUUGAUGAAUGCACUAACUUCUCCAAGUGAGUCUAAUCCCCAAGAUCAAUGUAGAAAGCUUCCAUCAUUUAGAGCUCUAUCCGGAAGUAAAUCAAUCAUUUUUGAGAAAGUUAUCCUUAGAAAGGUUGAAGAUAAAGAAAAAGUAUCUUGCGUGUCUCCCAUUACAGAGCAAGAAAACAUUGAAAAGAUCUCCAAUAUUGUGACACCUCACACUAUUGGCAACUCGAAGAUCAAUGGAAACAAUCAGAUGAUGCCUGCAUUCCAAAAUCAUGUUCAUCGGGAAUUUUCUGGAGUCCAAAGAAGUGGAUUUGGUCUUAGUUCCUCUUCAGAAUUGAAGAGUAUUGAUGAAAAGGUCAAGGACUUGAAAACUGACUAUUCAAUUCUGUCUCAGCAAGCUAAGGGGAUGAAUAACAAUGGCGCUUCACCUAUUUAUAUGGGAGCUACAGCUAACGGGAGUCUUGGAUUUCAUUCGUAUAUUACCCCUGACUACUCUGGAAGAAAUUUGUUAAAUAUAGGGUCUCAAGGUGUCCACAAUGAUUGCAAUGUAACAAGUCAAGAAGGAAAGAUCAUUCCUGGAUGGGGUUGUGCAAAUGAUGAGGAUGCCUCUGAGGAGCUUGAAACUGCUGUGGUAGGAUCCACAAAGGAUGAAAAUGAGGGGGAAAUGGGAGACUACGUCAGCUCAGGAGCCGAAGACGUUGUUCGAGAACACAAUGAGCGCACCUACAAAAUGGAUGAUUCAGCAGGAAUCGGCCUUACUCCCUCCAAAUCAUAACUGGUGACAGUUUCACUUCUUUUGUGCUCUUUUGUAGUUUGACAAUAGAUGAUGUGGAUAAUCAGAACUCUGUUUCAUUGGGCCAACUUCUUUAUUUAGACAAAAAGGUUUGCCCAAAAUUUUGAAGGGGAACAGGAUAAUUAAGCUGUGUCAAACUUAAUAUACUUGGAGAUAAAUUUGGACAUCUAAAUCUAUUGUUGAUCAAAUGCUGCUACUGGUUACUUAUAAAAAAAAUGCUGCUACUGUGUACUCCA